AUGUCCAUUGCUCACGGGAGAACCGUGGCCUUCUUUCGACCGCUGCGACUGAGCUCGACCGCUACGCAGCCAUGCCGUGCUCUGACACAGAGGCCUACUCUCCGACGGACCUACUUCUCAAUCCACCACCCAGAUCCACCACCUUUCCCCGAAACUCAAGAUCGAAUCCUUUCGGCUGCCAUUAGUCGAGUACCCCAGCACGGUUUUACAGAAACGGCGGUGGCGCUGGGGGCUAAAGAUGCAGGAUACUUAGAUGUUACCAUCCAGCUCUUCCCCCGGGGGGUGUUUGAUCUUAUCAACUAUCAUCUGGUCACGCAGAGACUUGCAUUGAAAGACAUUGUACAAUUUCCAGAGGGGUCAACGUUGGGCUUGGGCGCAAAACUGAGGACGUUGAUCAUGGCACGGUUAAGGGCAAAUGCAGACGUUAUCCACCAUUGGCAAGGGGCCCUCGGCCAAAUGUCCCUCCUCGAGAACAUCCCUGCCUCGGUGAAAGAACUCAACGCCCUGUCGGAUGAGAUUUGGUAUCUCGCCGGAGACACCGCGGUCGACUUCUCUUGGUACACAAAACGAGCCUCUCUCGCAGCCGUCUAUGCAAGCUCAGAAAUGUUCAUGACGACGGAUACAUCAAAUGAUUUUUCAGCAACAGAAGAGUUUCUUGACCGCAGGUUGAGAGAUGUGCAACUCCUCGGCGGCACUGUCGGAGGAUUUUCGCAAUACCUUGGCUUCUGGGCGGGCAACAGCGUAAAUUUGGCCAGGUCUUGGGGCAUGAGGAUGUGA